UUGCAGUUAGAGUCAAAGGGUUCGCCAAAUCACUACUGUUUACUGCUGGCAUGUUUCUUGUACUUCCAAACAGUUUUUUGUUGUCUGAAAAUUAAAUUUCAGCAACGGUCUACAGAUGUCUGUGAAACUAAGUGCUUCAAAUGGCAACAAAUCUUGAAUAACUCUGGUUCGUUCUCGAAGAUGACGUUUCGGGGAUGCUAUGACAAGAUGUUUGACCUAAUGAAUCCCACUACUCAAGCUAUCCCAGACCACAAUUUCUGCACUUGCGGUUUCUUUAUCUGGCGAGGCUCAACUGACGUGCCUGUCUGA